AAAAAAACUAAAAAUAUUAGGACAAUCAGAACUGACUUCAAUACAGCUUAAAUUAAUAAACAUGACGGGCGAUGUACCUAAUUUAACAAUAAAUAAUCAAACAAUGGAAGAAUGUAUAACUUUGAGUUGUUGUUGUCCUUUUCUGGGAGGAAUAUCAAAUGGUUCAAUCAACGAUUGCACUCUUCCAAAUGGCCAACAAUUUCAAAAAGCAUAUCGUAAAGAAUUAAGGACAAUGUCCGAUGAUGAACGAAAUAGACUCUUUAAAUGUAUUCGAAAAUUAAAAGAUUCUGGUGAAUAUGAUGCUCUAGCAAGAUUGCAUAAAGACGCGUUUGAUUCGGGCGGGGCGCAUGGGGGGCCUGCUUUUUGUCUUUUUCAUAGAGAAUUAACUAAAAGAUAUGAAUUAAUGAUUAGAAAAUGUGAUCCAGACUUGUAUCUCCCUUAUUGGGAUUCAACGCUAGAUGGUAGAUUACCGCAACCGAAAGAUUCGUGUCUUUUUACGGAAAAGUUUCUUGGGGGAACGGACCCUUCCACCGAUUAUGUAAUAAAUGGCCCGUUUAGUCCCUGGCCAACAACGGAGGGAAACCCUUAUAUUUCACGUUCUGUCGGUCAAAUGGGUGGAUGUUUUACUGACCAAGAUAUUGAAGAGGUCUACGAGCAAACAGAUAUUAGAGAUGUUCUCUCAUAUUCAAUGCCUUAUGCUUCUUGUAAUAUUUCCGUAAAUUGGGAAUGGCUGGAGUACCGUCAUGGCAAUGUUCAUGGAUUUAUUGGAGGUGAUAUGGGAGAUGCACGGAUAUCUGCUAAUGAUAUUUGCUUUUACUUUCUUCACUGCUUUGUUGAUUUUGUGAGAGAAAAUUUCUCUAAAUCUAAUUUUCUAAAGAUUUUUGAGGGAUGGCGUUUGAGAAGACAAAAUCGACAUCAAAGAGAAACUGAAUAUCCUCCUGAUAUUGCUGCAUGUGAAUCUUCUGCACAUUUUAAACAUGCAACAAUGGCUGAAUUUUCCCCUCUACAAAAUAUAGACGGACUAAGAAAUGAUUAUACAGACAAUAUGUAUGAAUAUGCCGACAGGCCAAAUUGCUCUCUUGAAAUUCCAGAUUGCAAUUCAAUAUAUUUAUUUUGUGACCUCUCCCAUGGAGACCCUCAUUGCGCAGCAAAGGCUUGUUUAGGAGGAGAUUGUUCUGGAUUUAUUAAAGGGGAAGAAGUUUGUUUUGAUAGUGUAUGCAUUAAUAACGUCUGCACAAAAGAGAAUAUUACAACAACAACAACAACAGAAUUAAAAGAAACAACACCAGAAAUGCAAACAAACACGAAUAUUAUAACAACAACACCAGAACAUCAACCAAACACAAAAACAGAAGAAAUUGAAGAGACUAAAACAACAAUAGAAACAUCCAAAACAACAUCCACUCUAUUAAAUAACACAGAAACAACACUCGAUGUUUGCCAAACAUGUCAAUGUUUAUGUACAUACAAACAAACAUUAUUAGUUCCAAAAAUAAGAGCAGAAGAAAUUUUAGAGAUAAAAUAG